AUGACCCCUCUGCAGGAAGCCUUUGCGGGGGCCAUCGUGGUAUAUCUUGCAUGGCGCGUUGCGCGUGCGUUCUUCGCAACGUCGCCCGUAGACAACAUACCUGGUCCGAAAUCGCCUUCGUUCCUCGCUGGACACACUGCACAGGUAUUCGGACCAGACCGCUGGAUCUACCAGGAGGCGUUUGUGAAACAAUAUGGUCGACUCUUUCGAAUCAACGGCCCAUUGAACUCGAACUGGCUCUAUACGUACGACCCAAAGGCGCUCCACAGCAUCUUCGUGAAAGACCAGGAUGUCUUCGACGAGAACGAGGUCCUUCUAGCGGCUUUCAUGACACUUUUGGGUCCAGGGCUGCUUUCUACGCUGGGCGACCAACAUCGCCGGCAGCGGAAAAUGCUCAACCCGCUGUUUUCAGCGAAGCACCUCCGCGAGAUGACGCCAGUAUUCAACGAGAUCGUCGGUAGACUCGAAAGCGCCAUCACUUUUAGGGUCAAAGACGGACCGCAGGAAGUCGACAUGCUCGGCUGGAUGGGCCGCACCGCCUUGGAGCUCAUCGGACAGGGCGGCUUGGGCCACUCCUUCGACCCGCUCACGCGCGACGUCGCAGACGACUUCGCGGACUCCGUCAAGGCCUACUUCCCAGUGAUCCAGCAACUCGAAGUGUUCGGUCCACUCCUCCCCCUCCUGCUGAAAAUGGGCCCCGCGUGGUUCAGGCGAAAGCUAGUGGACCUCGUGCCGUUCGCCCCAGCGAGACGCAUGGCGCAGAUCUCGGACGUCAUGCAUGCGCGCUCGACGCAGAUCUACGAGGAGAAGAAGGCCGCGCUCGAGGCUGGCGACGAGGCGCUCAAGGAGCAGGUCAGCGAGGGCAAGGAUAUCAUCAGCGUCCUGUUGCGGGCGAACAUGAUCGCUGCUGAGGAGGACCGUCUGUCGUCCGAAGAGGUUAUCGCGCAGGUUUCCACGCUAGUCCUCGCUGGGAUGGACACGACUUCGAACGCCCUCGCGCGCAUCCUCAGUCUGUUAGCGGAGCACCAGGACGUGCAACAAAAGUUGCGCGAAGAGAUUGUGCACGCACGCGACGGCGGUUCUGGGAGGCUUAGGGAUCUGACCUACGAUGAGGUUAUGGAUCUUCCGUACAUGGACGCUAUCUGCCGCGAGACGCUGCGCAGGUACUCCCCAGUCACCCACGCACCGCGACAGGUAUUCAAAGACGCGAUCCUGCCGCUCUCAGCACCCAUCCGGGGUGUGGACGGCACCUUAGUGCACUCCGUCCCGGUCACCAAGGGCAUGUGGGUGCUCGCGGACAUCCAGGCCAGCAACUGCAACAAAGAGCUCUGGGGCGAAGACGCAGACGAGUGGAAGCCGGAACGGUGGCUCAAGCCGCUCCCGCGUGCGCUCGAGGAUGCCCACAUCCCUGGGGUGUACUCGCACUUGAUGACGUUCAUCGGCGGGUCCAGGGCAUGCAUUGGCUUCAAGUUCUCGCAGCUCGAGAUGAAGGUCAUGCUUGCAUCUCUUCUGCCCGCUUUGAGGUUCGAGCCGAGCGGCAAGCCUAUCUACUGGAACUCGGCGGCUGUCGCGUUCCCUUCCGUUGGCAAGGAUAGCCGGAAGCCGGAGCUGCCGCUCAAGGUGACUCUGCUAUAGACUGAACCUCUUUCACAUCAUCCUAUGCUAGAUGUGCCGACCGUGAAUGCGCCCGCGGCGGUACUACCUUGUACGAUUUGCUUCCGGACAGCAGAAAUCUUCCCAAGC